AUGUCUGCUGAUGCUCCCCGCGGAAAGAGGUUCGCGGCUUCGGCGGCUAGUGCUGAAGAUCGUGCCGCUUCUGCCAGCAGUGCUGCUCCUGCUACUUGGCCCCCCUCUGACUCCUUGCAGGAAGAGCAGCACUCCUUCCUCGAAUGCUUCUGCGCUUGCACCUUCGCUGUUCGAGAUUCUGCCUGCGCAGCGCCUCGGUCGAAGGAUUACUACAAGCUCCUAGGCGCUUACCGCAAGCUUGCAAAGAAGCUGCACCCCGAUGUCAACCCUGGGAAGGAAAAGGAGUUCAUGGACGUCGUCAAGGCUCACGAGGUUCUAAGCGACCCCGAGCAGCGAAAAAAAUACGAUGCUUUCGGCGAAGAGGGCCUGUCAGGAACGUCGGGGGCAACACCUGGCGGCUCCUUCCCAUUCAACGAAUUCGUAAAUUUGUUUGGUGCUGGCUUUGGAGGAGGCGGGGGGGGGGGGCAACGCCGCUCGGGCAGAGGCGAGCAGCAGCGAACGAAAUUCAAAUUCAGUGGCGAAAUGCCAGAGUAUUUGCGUAACUUUGGCUUCCAGGAUUUCCAGCCUCCGCAGCAGCAAAAGAAGGAGCAAGAUUUGGAUUCAAAUCUCUAUGAUGAUGCGCCUUUGGUGAAAGAGCUGAAUCCGCAAAACUAUGAGCGUUUCAUUGGCGAAAGAGACCAUCUGCUCCUUGUGGAGAUCUACAACCCCCACUGCGAGCCGUGCAGAGCUUUCAAGAUGGAGUACUUGACCGCGGCGCAGAAGCUUGAGGGCGUUAUUCCGUUUGCGGCGAUAAAUUGCCGAAAUCACAAGCAGCUACCCCUCUGUCGCAAGGGCAAGCGAUACCCGUCCAUCUUCUUCUUCGAAGCAGAUAAAUCCGCGGAGCCUAUGCUGUAUACAGGGAAGAAGAAGUUUGAAGCGAUUCUGAAUUUUAUCGGCGAGCGAGUGGCUACGCACCACACAGCCCUUACGCUGGAAAACAUGGAGGACUGGCUUACUCGCAACCCCACGAAAACAAAGGUCGUUUUGUUCUCGCGAAAGAAGCCUGCUCCUCCGGAGUGGUAUUUGGGAGGCUUUCUUUUCAAGCAGAAGCUGGAUAUUGGAAUCGUGUAUCCCUCGGAGAAAGACUUGAUUGCGACUUAUUUCACGGAACCUACAGCCAUGAACGGGGGGCACUCAGUGACGUAUCUGGACGUUCCCAGUCUCGUUGCGCUCACAGACAUUGAUACACUUCAAGGGGAUUGGAGGAAAGUUCGCAGUCUCGAAGCGCAGCAGUUUAUCUCGUUGUUAGCCUCGGUGUCGAACCACGCACUUUUACCGCGUGUAACUCCGCUGCAUGCUCUGACUUCUCGCCGAAUGCGAGCAGGAGAAUGCAUGCCUCAGGAUACCCAAUUUUGUUUCAUUCUGCUGCUGCCCUCAAAGACAGCGGCGUGGGGUGCAGCUCGCGAGUCGUACAGUGCCCUUAAGGAGCUUGCCGAAAAGUACAAGACAGAUCCCGUCAAGCUGGUGUACAUAACUGCCGACAAACAGCCCGAGUUUGCGGCGGCCUUUGGGUUCGCUCCCGGCAGCAAAGCCGAGCUUCUCGUUGCCUACAGGCCAAAGAGGCAGCGCUAUCUGGCGCUUCCUCCGCCCUUGACGAAGACGGCGAUAGAGCAGUUCGUUGACAGAGUUAUUGGGGGACUGCAGCUUCCAGAGAAGCUCCGGAAGCCUCCGAUGCUGAGCGGAAUGGGCAGCCAUCCUUCAGAUCACGACGAGCUGUAA